AUGAGAAGGAGUUUAAAAAUUAAUGACUUGAUUAGAGGAGAGGUUAGUUGGAAUCUAGACACACUUGGCGAUUUUGAACACUUGUGCUUCAGGGCAGAAGAACACUUACCUAAUACAGUAAGGCAAGCAUUGAUAUAUAAGGAUCUUAAGGAGCUUUUCAGUAUCAGAAAACAGGGUUUUGAUGUUUCUUUAACUCAACAACAGUUGCAUGAAGAGCAUUAUUGUGAACAGAAAAUGGAUGCAUCUGUUAAAGAUCACACAGUUUUUUUUAGUCUCUUUGUAACACCGUAA